AUGGACGGCAGUAACUUCAACCAGAUCAGGCCUGUUUUCAGCAUCGGCCAGCACGACUCCGACAGGGACCAGCCCCUGGACGACCUCCAGUACGGCCAGCUUCUGAAUGCCGGUGUCAACUUCGUGACAGCACCCAUCACCAACAAGCACUUCCAUGCGCGUGUGGAGGACCUCGUCUCCCAGCACCUCGCAAAGGCGAAGCAGAAUGCCGUCUCUUUGGCAGAUGCCGUUGUCCCUCCUCUGACCCCCAAGGACACCUCUCUCUUCCCCAGUCACGCAGUCACCACUUACAUCGCCUACGCCAGCCCCUGGAUUGACCUGGCCUCGACCGACCCCGUCAUCGCCAGUGUCUCGAGGCAGGUUCUCAACCUCGAGAUUGCCUAUGCCAACUUCUGCGGAGUCCGGAGCAUCAUCGUCCCUGGCCCGAGGAGAGACGCCUCCAGGGAUGGCGGAAACCAGGGCAUCGCCCAGUACGGCCGCGCGGUGCUGGAGGCCAUGAACAUUGCUUCGCGCCUCAACUUCAUCAUCCACGUUCCCAUGUACCGCGAGCCCGGCCUCGAAGAGACGGUCGAGCUCUUGUCAACCUUGUCUGAGGAGCCUCACCCCGAGGGGAGCAGGGAGAUUGACAUUUACAGCGCCUGGGACUCUUGGCACUCGGUCCGCACUAUUUGCGAAUACAACAUGCGUCUCUUUGUUGCCAUCCGAAUCCCCAGAGCUCUGCCCGAGAAGGCGCUCCAGGACAAGUGGUUCGCCGAGCCCCUGCACUUCCUGUCCGUCAGUGGAAACGCCUUCCAGAAGAACAAGGCUGGCCACCCUGCUCUCACCAGAGCCCACCAGGACAUGAUCUUCAACUACAUGCGCCUGAAGAAUGCCCCCUGGCUGCUGCUCAGCGACGUUGGUCCGGACCCCGCCUCCCUGACGGCCGAGGCUCAGCUCCAGGCCGUCAGCUUGGCAAACCAGGUCCCCACGGCCGCGGACUUCCCUCCCCUGGGCGACUCGUCCGCCCAGCUGACGACCGACUCCCUCAAGUCUUUCCGCACUUACGUCGUCUACCUCAAGUGGCUCGAGAUGCAGCAGCGCCCGCUGUCGUACGUGGAGCAGACCACGCUCACCAGCUUCCAGGACUGGCUCCAAUCGCCCCUGCAGCCCCUGUCGGACAACCUCGAGUCGGCGACGUACGAGGUCUUUGAGGGCGACCCGGUCAAGUACAACCAGUACGAAGCCGCUUGUACGGAGGCGCUGGCCGAGUGGCACCAGUUGGGCAGGGCCACCUCUUCGGCGAACGGCGCCGUCGUCAUCGCAGUCGUCGGCUCUGGCCGUGGCCCCCUCGUGACGAGAGCGCUCAAGGCCAGCGAGGCGACGGGCGUCCCCGUCCAGGUCUGGGCCGUGGAGAAAAACCCCAACGCCUACGUCUAUCUCCUGAGACAAAACGAGAUGAUCUGGGGCGGCAAGGUCACGGUAGUCAAGACGGACAUGCGCUCGUGGAAGGGCCCCCUCGUCUCGGGCACGCCUGACGACAACCCCGUCUACGGCAAGGUCGAUAUCCUGGUGUCGGAGCUUCUCGGCUCCUUCGCCGACAACGAGCUCUCCCCCGAGUGCCUGGACGGCGUUCAGCACGUGCUGGCGCCCGGCGGCAUCUCGAUCCCGGAGUCGUACACGGCACACAUGAGCCCCAUCGCGACGCCGCGCAUCCACGCCGACCUCCUCACCAGGGUGCCGACGGAGCCCAAUGCCUUCGACACGCCUUGGGUCGUACGCCUCUUCGCGCUUGACUUCGCCGCCGUCCGCGUGCCGGACCACCCGCGCUUCCAGCAGGCGUGGGAGUUCUCCCACCCGGUGCCCGAGGCGACGCUGAGGCAGAUCGAGACGAGGCGCGCGGGCGGCGUCAUGGGCGGCGGCGGCGGAAGCAUGGGCGGCGCCGUCGGCGCCAACGACCAUAACUCGCGCUUCUGUCACCUCACAUUCGUCUGCCGCACGCGCGGCGUCAUCCACGGCCUGGCCGGCUACUUCGAGUCGGUCCUCUACGCCCCGCAGACGGGCGGCAAGGAGAAGGUGGAAAUCAGCACGCACCCCGAGUUGAUCGACCGCAAGAGCAAGGACAUGAUUUCGUGGUUCCCCAUCUUCUUCCCCAUCAAGCAACCUAUCUACUACCCUGCCGACACGGAGCUGGAGGUCACUAUGUGGCGACAGACGGACGAUUCGCGCGUGUGGUACGAGUGGCUCAUCGAGGCAUACGCGUGGGUGAGCGAAACACAGCGCAUCAAGGUGGCGUCAUCGGAUCUCUGCAGCAGUCGCAAGGUUGCUUGUCUCAUGUAA